GUCACUCGAGAUCUUGUGCUUACAGCGCUCACAAUUAGCGCGAGAUAACGAGAUAACAGAGAUAGCAGGACAGGCGUUACGACAUCACCACAGUUACAAGAGAAAAAUUACGUGAAAGCCACUCUUUUUUGGGGUAAAUUUAGUAAAAAUUUUGAGGAAAAAAAUUAAAGUAAGUGAGUGUUAGUGAAUUUUGUCAUUACCAGUGAGUUUUGUGCAAAUCAUUUUUCAAAAGUGUGUGAGAUUAUUGAAAUGAUUUAAGAAGAAAGUGACACACUUGAUAGUGUGUACAAUUUCAAUUGGAUUUAUAUUUCGUAGCAGGAAGUAUAAAAAAAAACAUGGAAGUCGAAUCGAGAGACGUAGAAUACGAGCAAAUAAACCAACUAUACGAUGAAUGCUUAAACUAUUUGAAAGACAGCAAAAAUUACAUUGAAGAUAAUAUUUUAAAAGAAAAUUCUGUAGAAGACCCUGACUAUGACACUAUUCAAGAAAAAGUUGAAGUCGAAAAUGAGGAGAUAGAACCAAAAACAGUCUUCAAACUCGAAAAUGAGAAGUCCAAUGAAAGUCUAGACUCAGUCAUUUCAGAACCAAGAUCCGAAAGACUGAGAAAAUUAUCGAAACAAUUGCCAAAGAUUAUAAUAACACAAAGUACGACAAGCUUAGAUUUUAAAAGAGGUGAUAUGAAGAUGGUGCCUAUUCGAAAUGAUAUGUCGAAAAGUGAUCGAGUUUUACCUAAAAUCGAUAGACAUUUGCCUAGAAAUGAAUACAGCUUGCCACAAAUGAAUCAUAAUCGUCAUCAUGAAAAUAAUCGAAAUGUUUUGAGAAGUGAUCGAAGUUUGACGCAAAGCGAUCGAUUUUUGACAAAAAAUGAGCAGAGUAUGUUGACAUUGGAUCGGAGGAAUCCGAAGGUGAUGAAACCAUUCAACCAUGUAGCUCCUGAGAAGAAAAAAGUCCUGCCCAACAAUGGUUUCAGACACCCUCAGCGCACUCGCCCAGGGUACGGCGAGCACCCCAAGCGGCUGGUCUCCAAGACUGGCAUGGAGAACGUCGCGCUCAUAUCCAACGUGCCCUUCGAGAAGAUCCGACUGCUUAACGAUACUUUUCAUACGCUGAUCAACUUACGCUGGCGCUGGAUCGUGAUCGGCACCAUCGUCGUCCACUUCGCCAUCUGGCUGGUCUUCGCAGUCUUCUGGUACAUCACUGCCCUGGCACAUUAUGACUUCGAGCCUGACCCGCCGAAGCGGACCUGUGUGACUGGCGGCAAGGAUUUUGUUACUAUAUUCUUAGCUUCUGUUGAAGCUCAGACUACAAUUGGUUUUGGAGAUCGAGCUAUAGAUGAAGAGUGUCCGGAAUCCAUAUUCCUUUUCAUCAUGCAGCUGAUCCUGGGCACCGGUCUAUCUGGCGUACUAACGUGUGUGGUUUACGCGAAACUGACAAGACCAGAGAAACUCUCUAGAGAUGGGGUCGGCUUCAGUAAAAAGGCUGUUAUCAGCAUGCGUGACGGUCGGCUGUGCCUGAUGAUGCGCGCGUGGGACCUCAACUACGACCAUAUCAUCAGCUCCGAGUUCACUGCGCACUUCGUUAAUACUUACAGAACUAAAGAAAGCGAAGUGAUACGAUACUACGCGCGCAGUCUGACGCUGCAGCAGCGGCAGUUCCUGUUGUGGCCGGUCACGUUGGUGCACGUGAUAGAUGCCACCAGCCCGCUGUAUGGGUAUACUCCUGAACUUAUUGCUCAUAAUAGCUACGAGAUAACAGUGAGCCUGAAAGGAGCUUCAGCCUCAAUGGGCACGUUCACACAGAGCCAGACAUCCUACCUGCCCAAGGAGGUGUCGUGGGGGUACCGCUUCCCGCCGGUCGUGCAAGUUUUCAGAUACGACACUCACAAGCAGAAGUAUGUGAUAGACCACAAGAAGCUGGAUCUUCUGGAGCCUGUUGAUACUCCCUACUGCUGUGCCAGGGAUAUUUAUAGGACUUCUACCCCAGUGAAGACCCCACCUCCCACUCCCAGUACUCCUGGCACCUUCAGUGAAACUGUCUCCGGCUUCCAUCUAGAACGAUCCUCGUCUUUCAGGAAAAAGACUAACAAUAAUAAAGGCUAAUAGUUUAAGAGUAGAUUUAUUGUUUAUCACAGUUAUGAAUUAAAAGAGAUUAUUAGUAUAAGUUUUAAUAUAAGGCAUUUAAAAUACUAUAUUUACUAAAUUGGGAAAUAUUAAAUAAAAAGAGUUGUUUGGUGAACUUGUUAAUUAUUUAAAGAAAAAAAACAUUGUUACACAUCAGUGUUAAACUGCAUUAUUAUGAGUACAUGAUAUUUAAUUUUAUCGAAAUUGUACAAAUAUAAUUUUCUCAAAAAAAAA